AUGGACAGAAAAAGAGUACCCCCACCUUCAUCUCGUCCUCCAACUUCUCACACUUUUCUAAACGAACUUCUGAAAAAGCUGCAUCCUAACGCAAUAUGUCCUUUGUCUCACCUAACUCACCCUCACGUCCUUCUUCUUAAACAUGGGGGAAACACCAAGUCUGAUUGUUAUUCAUGCGGUAAACAGAAAUCUUUUGUCACAGGCCGUAGGAACUCUUACUCAUGCACCACUUGCAAUGUGGAGUUUCACCAUGGUUGUCACGAGUUUCCUAGGAAGAUAAGACAUCCUUAUCACCCCCAACACCCUCUUACUUUCACCUUUAGAAACUAUGAAAAUGGGAUCAUCUCUGAUGGCCAUAUCGACGAAUCUUUUUACUAUACUAUCUUGUCUGAUUCCAGCACAUUAGAUGUUAAGAAGUUUAGAUCUGUCCAAGUUAGCCAGUCUCAGUCCAAUCUCUUAAUGGAUAAGUGCACAUGGUGUGCAGAAGAUAUAGAAGGCAGCUGGUUCUAUCGAUGUUCUAUAUGUAACUUUUCCUUGGAUCUCUCUUGUUACAAAAAUUUUCCACUUCAAACCGUGGAAAAUCCAAAGAGUCAUCAUCAUUCACUCGUCUUCUACCCUCGGCCACUCUUAACACCAUGUGACGCUUGUGGGUUGGUCAACGUGUUGGAUCCAAGCUACGCUUGUUUUCAGUGUAAUUACAUGGUUCAUCAAAGUUGCAUCGACUUACCACGAGUCAUCAAGAUCACGCGUCACCAGCAUCGGCUUUCUCAUACUCCUUACACUGAAGCUGUAACUUCACCAUGCCGGAUCUGUUACAAGACGGUUGACUUCAAGUACGGGCAAUAUUUUUGCAAUCAAGAAGAUUGCUCCUACGUAGCCCAUUCAAAAUGUGCAACGCAUGAGAACGUGUGGGAUGGGAGAGAACUCGAAUGGGAGCCCGAAGAAUAUGACGAGAAUGAAGAUAUCAUCCCUUUCAUUAAGGUUGGUACUAAUCUGAUAAAACAUUUCUCCCAUGAACAUUUUCUAAUGCUAGAGAAGUAUGAUGGUAUUAGAGAUGGAGAGAAGCAAUGUCAGGCGUGCACUCUUCCUAUCAACUCACGUGACUUCUACAACUGCGUGGAAUGUGACUUUUUCCUCCACGAGGUAUGUGCUGGUCUUCUUCGAAAACUGGAUCAUGCAUUGCACGUCCACCCUCUUGUGCUAGACUCGUCCCACUACUCUUCUAAAAAACAUUAUACGAGGAUUGGUUGCUCAGUUUGUUCCAGAAAAUUUAGCGGUUUCACGUACAAAUGCUCCAAAAGGGAUUGCAUGCUUUACCAAGGAUUUCAGAUCGAUGUGCGUUGUACUCUAGUUCCGGAUUAUUUCACCCAUGAAAGUCACGAGCAUCCUCUAUUCAUCUCCACAUCCUACAAAGGUAAAAGCAAGAUUUGUUGCGAGGGUUGUAAGGAGGUAUGUAUGCAGUCAUACCUACAAUGUAGUGUAUGCCAAUUUGCUUUAUGUUAUCAAUGUGCUACCAUUCCAAAUGAAAUAUGCUACAAAUACGAUAAGCAUCCUCUCUCUCUUUGCUACGGAGAAGACGUACCAGAUGGUGUGUACUGGUGUGAAGUAUGUGAGAAAGAGGUUAACCAACGGAUUGGUUCUACACAUGCAACAAAUGUUGUAUCACUAUCCAUAUUCAAUGCGUGUUUGGACCUUCUGUCUAUAUGA